AUGGCAUCAUCAACCAAGCCACGCCAGCUAGGCCGCCCGGUCUCCAUAGUGGGCGCCGGCAUGUCCCAAUUCGGCGCUUUCCCAGGCAAAGACAGCCGUGACCUGUUUGUAGAGGCGUUCCAGGACAUGCUUGACCACUUGGAUCAAGGCAUGGAUGUUCAGGACAUAGAGUGCGCCUACGUGGGCAACUACUCCUCUGACCUCUUUGAGCACCAAGGUCACACUGCCCCCAUCAUCGCCGACUGGCUGGGCAUGACUCCUGUGCCGGUCACCCGUAUCGAGAACGCCUGCGCCAGCAGCAGCAGCGCGAUGCGUGAAGGUAUCAUGGCCAUAGCGUCCGGCCUGUACGACAUCGUGCUGGUGGGUGGCAUGGAAAAAAUGACCAACCUGCCCACUGAGGGUGUCACCGACGUGGCCAUCAAGAACCAUGAGAACGGCGCUUUGAACCCCAAGGCCCAGUUCAACGUCACCAUCCAAAGUCUGGCAGACCGGCGCGUGGCCCGGGCCCAACAGCGCGGGCUCCCCGUACCCGAAUACAAAGACGAAAUGGACUUCCUCAACGAUCCUCAAGCCAACCCGUGGAUUGCUUGGCCGUUGCGGCUGUACGACUGCGCCCCCAUCACCGACGGCGCCGCUUGUGUGCUGCUGGUAGCCUCAGAAUUGGCCCACAACUUCACAGACAAGCCGGUGCACGUCAUCGGCACCGGCCAAGCUUCGGGCCGCCCUUUGCACGAUGCGGAUGAACUUACCUCCCUGUCAGCGGCGAAGAUCGCCGCUUCAAGGGCCUACGAGAUGGCCGAUGUGACUCCUGAUGACAUCCAGUUGGCCGAGGUGCACGAUUGCUUCACCAUAGCGGAAAUUGUCGCCGCGGAGGACCUGGGAUUCUUCUCACCCGGAGAAGGUCCUCGGGCCGUGGAUGAAGGCAGGACUUCCUUAACCGGAGAUAAGCCGAUAAACACUUCAGGAGGCCUCAAGGCCAAGGGACACCCUGUGGGAGCUUCCGGCAUCGCCCAGGUAGGCGAGAUUUUCCACCAACUCAGAGGAGAAGCCGGACCACGGCAAGUCGCCAAUCCCAACCUGGAGUUGGGGCUUACCCACAACGUGGGUGGCACCGGCGGCACCUGCGUCGUGAGUAUCCUGCAAAGAGGGUGA